AGCAAACCAUGGAUUUUGGCUUUGAGCCUCAGAGGAUUGGUUAAUGUACUCCAGUGAAUGAUUGCCUUCCAGUGGCCACCUCUCAAUUCAAUGGGCAAGCAAGCAAUGGCUUGCUUGGAAGAAAUGAACAAGCAUGUAAUGAGCCACAUGACAAGGGGUCCUGCCCUGUCUUCUCUGUCCCUUCAAUUACCUCCUCCUAUAUAACUCCUCCCUCACAUUAACUCCCAGUGUUGGUGAAUCUGUGACCCCUCCUCUCUUUCCCUUCGUCCUGUAUCUGAGACUUGUGCCACAGCUGGAAGAGAGAGGCCAGGGGUGGAAUCCAUGGGCAUGGAGCUCCGCAGAAGCUUGCUUGUGGGGGUGGUGCUGGUGGUGGUGGUGGUGAGUGGGGAAGCUCAGCUCAGGCCAAACUUUUAUCAGUUCACAUGCCCCAAGGUGGAAUCAAUUGUCAGGCAAGCUGUUCUGAAGAAGGUGAGGCAGACAUUUGUCACUGUCCCUGCAACACUUAGGCUCUUCUUCCAUGAUUGCUUUGUAGAGGGUUGUGAUGCGUCCGUCCUGAUCGCUUCACCGAGAGGCGACGCUGAGAAGGAUGCGCCCGACAACCUCUCGCUCGCCGGCGACGGCUUCGACACCGUCAUCAAGGCCAAGCAGGCUGUAGAAGCUCGAUGCCCCGGUGUAGUGUCCUGUGCUGAUGUCCUGGCAAUUGCUGCAAGAGAUGUGGUCGUCCUCUCCGGCGGCCCGAGCUUCACGGUGGAGCUUGGCAGGCGCGACGGGCUCAUCUCUCAGGCGAGAAGAGUAGCUGGUCAUCUCCCUGGCCCUGACUUCAACCUCAACAUCCUCGCCAACCUCUUCCGGAUGAACAACCUCACCACCCAUGACAUGAUCGCCCUCUCCGGAGCUCACACCGUGGGCUUCUCCCACUGCAGCCGCUUCGCCAAACGCCUCUACGCCUUCGGCCCUUCGUCGCCGGUGGACCCGUCGUUCAAUCUUCCGUACGCGCAGCUGCUGAUGCGAGCGUGCCCGCGCGACGUCGGCCCCACCAUCGCCGUCAACAUGGACCCCUUCACCCCGACGGUCUUCGACAAUGUCUACUACAGGAACUUGUUGAAGGGCGAAGGGCUCUUCACCUCGGACCAGGUGCUGUUCUCCAAUCUGCUGUCGAGGCCGGUGGUGAAGAAGUUUGCGGCCGACCAGAGCAGCUUCUUCAGGGCCUUUGCUGCUUCCAUGGUCAAGCUCGGCAGGGUCGGCGUGAAGACUGGUCACCAGGGCGAGAUCAGGAAGGACUGCACUGCGUUCAAUUAGCAGGAAUUCAUUCAAGAGUUGUUGACAUAGAUUGGAUGGAGGAUACUGAUGGACAAAGUUCAAAUGAUUGAAUCACAGCAUAACACUCUGUUUUCUGACAAACCUCAUUGAGGCUUAGCAAUGUUUGAUGCAGCCAAAGUUUCAUGCUCACACAACAAAUAAACAGCUUUACCAUUUCCAAUCA